UUCGCGCAUGCCCACAGGUGCAGUACACGUCUCCAGUGCCAGUGCUGUAAGAUGGGUGGAAUUUUUGCAAGGAUGUUUUCUGGCCUCUUUGGACAGAAAGAGAGACGUAUUUUGAUUCUUGGUUUAGAUGGUGCAGGCAAGACGACCAUUUUAUACAGAUUACAAGUAGGAGAAGUGGUUACCACCAUACCAACUAUUGGCUUCAAUGUAGAAACAGUAACAUACAAAAAUCUCAAGUUUCAAGUAUGGGAUCUUGGUGGACAAACAAGUAUCAGGCCAUACUGGAGAUGUUAUUAUUCCAAUACGGAUGCUAUUAUCUAUGUUGUGGACAGCAUGGAUAGGGACAGGAUAGGCAUCUCCAAACAAGAAUUGUGUUCCAUGUUGGAGGAAGAGGAAUUAAAGAAAUCCAUCUUAGUGGUACUGGCUAACAAACAGGACAUUGAGGGAGCCAUGACUGUGUCUGAAGUAGCUAAUGCCCUUGGGUUAUCAACAAUCAAAAAUAGAAAAUAUCAGAUUUUUAAAACAUCGGCAAUCAAGGGAGAAGGUCUGGAUGAAUCCAUGGAAUGGCUUUCAAAUAUAUUGCAGCAGCCAAGCUAGAGAUUGUGGGAAUUGCAUACGGAUAUUGGUUUGCAGUAAAGGCACAAUUUUCAGUUAAGAACUGGAACAUUGCAGUUAGAUACUUUCAACAUGAAGACAGUGCUGAUGCCAUUUCCCAAUCUGCUAGGCUUUCUGUCAAGUUUCAUUUUAAGUUCUGUCAGUGUCUUGCAGUGUAUGCUUAAAGUUUUUCAUUCAAGAGUUUAGACAUGAAAUAAGAGUUUUACUUUUGUACUUUAGUAACAUAAUUACUAUUCCAAGUAAAGUGUACUCCAAGUGUGUAAUUUGCAGGUAGGUUAGAACUGAAAUUCCAAUGAAAAUCUUGAAAUUUUAAUUUAACUAAAACUGAUGGUUGGUUCUUUGUCUUAUUUGUAAGCAGCUGAAUACACCCAUUUAUUCUUGAAAGAGAAAAACAGAUAAAUGGUUAUGUCUCUGAACAUCUGUAAGUAACAGUCAUUUUUUUUCAUGAUCAAACCAGUGCAGUUACAGUGUGGGAAUGUAUUUUUCUGCAAGGCCCAAUCAGUUUUGAAUACAGAACUCUUGUAGUUUAAUUUUUCUGGAUAUCUUUAGCCAUUUUUUAUUCCUUUUGGGAAGAGAAACUGAAGUUGAGGAAUGCCAAGUGGUCUAUUUUUUCACAUACUUCAAUGUGCAUUUUGUUUGAGCAGUGGGUAUAUUAAAUUAAUUCACGUAUUAAUUCCUCCUCUUUGGAUGUUCAAGGGGACUUAAAGGUUUUAUGUGCAGCAUAGUGGGUCUAGAUUUUAAAUGUAAAAACUUGUAAUAUAUCCAUUUGUACAGAAUAUAUAUAAAUGUGGGAAUACAAUUCUUAAAAAAGGACACAUUUGUUUUGUGCUUGAGUAUGCUUUUCCAUGUCUGCAUUACUGUAAUGACAAAUGAGCAGGAGGACAUCCAUGGUUAAAGUGACAAAGUGUAGACUAAAACAAAUACAUAAGCCACCUCUUGCUGAAAUUAUCUGAUAGCAAGAAAUAUUCUGA